CAAGCGAUCUACGGACAAAACCCGAUCGCGAAGCUUGGUGACUGCUCCAAUGGCUUCUCUCCUUCGAACUACGUCCUCCAUCGUCCUCCUCUUCAUGCUCCUCUCGAUCGCCUCAACCUUCGCCUCCCCUGACGGCUCUUUGCUCCGCCGUGAUCUCCUAGCCUUCAAUCCCGCUUUGAGGAAACAGGGCGGCAGGGGAUCCGAGCCGAUCCCCAACUGCAAGGAGAUGGCGUCGAGGAUCGAGUGCGAGCGAAACUCCAAGUGGUGCAGAUGGUGCCGCAGUGACGCUCUUGACGACAUGUGCUUCGGCACCUCUGAGGCCUGGCGCCUCCCCGUCCAGAUGAUUUGCCAUGACAAUAUGACAUGGAUUGCAAGAACUCAGGUCCAGCCAUUUUUGUGGUAUUAAAAUGACCGGCAGAGGCAAAUGAAAGAAAAUCGCCUUAAAUAUCAUAAAUAAUUCAUUGUAAUUAUAAACAUAUUAUCU